AUGUACACGCUAAUUCACGGUUUUUAUAAAUAUGUUAUUCAAAAAGAUGAAUAUUUUGUUUUAAUUCUAGGACUUGACAAUGCGGGUAAAACGACAUAUUUGGAGGCAGCUAAAACGAAAUUUACUAAAAAAUACAAAGCAAUGAACCCCAAUAGGAUAACGACCACAGUAGGUUUAAAUAUAGGAAAAAUAGAUGUAGAUGGUGUUAGACUGAAUUUCUGGGAUUUAGGAGGUCAGCAGGAACUGCAGUCGCUGUGGGAUAAGUAUUAUGCUGAAUGUCAUGGUGUGAUCUACAUUGUUGAUUCUUCAGAUCGAGAAAGGGUUUCAGAGUCUAAAGAAACUUUUGAUCGGAUGAUAGCUUCCGAACAUCUAGCUGGGGUGCCACUUUUGGUGCUCGCUAACAAACAAGACAUUCCAGAUUGUAUGGGUGUGCACACCGUUAAACCGAUAUUUAAUCAAAAUGCUCAUUUGAUCGGAGCUAGAGAUAUUAUGUUGAUGGCAACAUCGGCUUUAAUGGGCGAUGGCGUGGACGAAGGCAUCAGAUGGCUUGUGGACUGCAUUAAAAGGAACAGUAUCGAGAGACCGGCUCGUAAUCACGACGACAAUUUGUAA